GGACAAGAAGCCCGGAUAUGAUCGCAUAACCGCAGGACCUAAACUUUAGCUAGUAGCUUUAGCUGUAGCACAGGAAUUAAGCUAUCUUCAUUCAAAAAUAAAAGCUAUUGGAAGCACGUAUCUUGUGUAUUACCAAUUUCGACGUUGAUGUGGAGCUCUAGGCAUAAUUUAAAAACAGAGUGCUGAGGAAUGGUUUGACUGCAUCAGUCCCAGUAAAGAUGCACAGCCGUCUGCAGGAGUUGAAGAAGGAAGAGGAGACCCUACUCAAAAUCAAAGUCAUGCUACAAGACCAGCUGAACAGGUUGAAGUUUGAGGAAGGGGCCUUGAAAUCUAUCAUUAAUGCACAAACAGAGGAAGGAGCCUCUCAACGCUCAUGCCCAGAAACUGAGCUUCAUGUCAACCUUGAUGAUGAGAGCGAGAUCAAUCGAACCAAACUGCUGCUGAAUGCUGCCGUAGAUUGUGAUAUGGAGCAGGAGGAGGAAGAUGAUGAUGAGGAGGAAGAUGAAGAGGAUGAUGAAGAGAAUGACAAUGAGCUUGAGUUUGUGCCUGAGGAUGAGGAGGGGGAGGAUGAUUACUGAGAUUCUCAGUGUUUCAUGGGGCAUCAACAUUUGCACCGAUGAAGAAGAGCCACAUGUGAACGGACAUCUGUUUAAUUGGUCAGCUGUUUUGUACUAUCACUUAGGAAAUUUUAUUUAUUUUGAUGGAGUGAGUAACAGUUACAGUGUAAUGAUGUAUGGUGCUCACAGUAUCCUCUCCUUUGCCUAAUUUAAGGCAUGUCAGUUUUCAAAUUAUAUUAGUUAAUUUGUCAAAAUCUGUGAGAUAUGUCUCACUGACAGUGUUAUUAGGUGCUUCGAGCUUUCUACACUUACUGUGCAUUUUGAGGAUUAGCAUUAAAUGUAUGGCUGGGCCAUAUGAUAAGAUAUUAAAUAUGUUAUGUAAGAAACAAUAAACGUAAGCACAAAAUAAAAUGUUUUGCAUAGUG